AUGAGCCUCUCUGAGGCAAAGGACGGUUCGUAUAAUCGUCUUUUCCAGUUAGAGACUGCCCGCGCUCUAGCAGCACAGCUGGUGAUUGCAGUCGAAUAUGUGCAUUCCAGGGGAAUUGUCCAUGGAGAUAUCCACGAUGGAAACGUCCUCCUACAGCUACCAUAUGACCUAGAUUUGAUAUCUGAGGAGCAGUUGUAUAAACAGUACGGAGAGCCACAACUUGAAGCAAUAAGGCGCUUUGACCAGAAACCUCUGCCGACAAGUAUUCCGACGCAUGCCAUCAUACCAAUAUGGCUUGGGAAAGCAAGUGACAAGCUUGCGCUUUCCGAAGCCCAAAUUUUCCUCGCUGAUUUUGGCGAAGCCUUCUCUCCUGCUCAGGGGAGUAAAUGUGAAUCUCAUACCCCACUUGCAUACCGUCCCCCGGAGGCUCGAUUCGAACCGCAAAUGUCUCUUUCCUUCUCGUCAGAUAUUUGGUCACUUGGCUGCUGUAUAUGGAAUAUUAUUGCCCAAAGAUCCCUUUUUGAAAGCUUUUUCGCAACCGAGGAUCUCAUAACCCGCGAGCAAGUCGAUGCACUCGGCACAUUGCCUUUGGAUUGGUGGCAGCGAUGGGAAGAACGACACAAGUGGUUCACUGAAGAGGGGAAGCCAAUAAAUCGAAACUCUUAUCGGUCGUGGGAGGACCGAUUCGAUGACAGCGUUCAGGAGCCCCGAGAAAAAGAAGGGAUGGUGGCUAUUGACCCGGCAGAGCGAGAUGCUUUGCUCUCGAUGCUCCGGUUGAUGUUCUCUUUUAGGCCCGAGUCUCGUCCUACUGCUAAGCAGCUCCUUGGCUUCGAGUGGAUGGUAAAAUGGGAUCUCCCCGAGUACCAUAAGAUCCGAAACACUUGA